GGAAACGUUCGGCGAGUUAUUAUAGUACUAAAUUGUAUAAAAAUAUGAUUUUCCAUUGGUUAUUUAUUAUCGUAUUAAUAGGAGUUGCACAGUGUGACAAUGACGUAUCCGACUUGGAAGCAUUUGAACCGGAACAGUACGAGGGCUAUGGUUGUCAUUGUCCCGUGGAAGCAAUCAUGUAUUACUCCGUUUCGGUUCGCACGGCUUACACGGCGUCAGUGUUAUCGUUGAAGUCAUCAGGUAUUGACAUAAAGAGUGGAUUUGCGGAACUCGAUGACGAUUCAUCCGAUUGGCUGACGAAUAUCAUAAACACCAUCAAAGAAGCAUAUCAGGAGUUCAAAGCAGUCAUACAUAGGUUGCUGCAAGACCUGCAGUCAGAAAUUGAUGAGCUAAACAGCGCUGUGUUGUAUAUGGCUUCCAAGUUCUACAAGAGUGACGUAGUCGUCGUCAAGACCGAAACGUUGGUGGGUGAAGCCAGGGACGUGGCGGAAGCGGAAUCGCGACUGACGGCCAGGAAGUUGGAAUCGGCAUACGCUAAUUUUAAAACCACCAUAGACGAGCUAAGAACAGAGUUCCAAGGCAAAUGUGACUCGAUACCAGCCGAAUACGGCACGGACGAAUACUACGAUGCCGUCAUGGUGCUGUAUGUAGACGCCAAAAAGAGAUUAAUGCAAAUUAAUGAUCUGUACGGAGCGUUAAGAGAUGCUUUUUUACUGGGCGCCAAAAUAAACAAAUGCUCCGGAACCUCUACCACUGAUCAGUCUUUGUUGGGAAUUUAUGAUGUAGACGAUUUAGCAGAAUACUUGAAAGUUACUGAUAAAUGCCCAGUGACAUUGCUUAAGGCAACUGUUACUUACAUGUACGAACUAUACGAAUUAGCUUUAACACAUUUAUACCUUUCGGGUACUGAUAAAUCAGAAGAGGAAUUGGCUCUUAAAAUUUUUAUUUGGGAACAAAUGAACUUAGUCAAGACUACCACUGAUCUUAUGUACCAGGAACUGGAUUGUUAUAUUACGUAUACAAAAGAUAAAGCGAUAGAGACGUUUGGGGAAAAUUCUGAUGAGUACAAUCAAGUAAUGAGCAAAUUGUUUGUUUCAGUUAGCACUAGCCUUAUUACAAUCAUAAAAUGUACACGUGUAAAUUACGAAAGAGCCAUCAAUUACAGCCCUGAUGGAAGCAUGAUGUCAUCAAGUCAAAACGUAGUAACGAAAAAUAUCGAUUUGCUCUAUGAUGGAAAUUUGGUGUCGAAUCCUCGUCUAACGACGUACGACUACCGUUCAUUAACUAUGACGGGAAAAAAUAAUGGAAACAACGGAUUGGUUUCGGGUAGCGGCGUUAAUAAAGAUGGACAAAGUACAACACCAUCUAGUAUUAAUGGGGGCUAUUCCCAAACUGACGGGACGCAGCCAAAAACUGUAGGAAAUACACAAGUAGACAGUAGUUUACAACCAUUGAUGAUAAACAAAUGUAUACUGCAGUCCGUCGUGCAAUUAUUAAGUAAUAUGAAUACACAAAUAGACACAACUGUACCCAGCGGAGAAAAUGAUAUAGAAGCUUGGAUCUUUAAUCAGAUUACCUUAAGAGAAUUCUACAGUUCUGUUAUAAUAAUAAAACAGACAGCUACCAUGAAUAAAAUAUACAUUGGUAGUUCUGAGGUUUACUUGUACAUCAAAUUCCAAAGCUUCGAUUCCCAAGGCUAUACAGACAGUUUGCAACCGUAUACGAAUGACAUACUGGCAUCAUUAGAAACAACCAUAUCAUACAUGAACCAACCGAUGAGUAAAGUUGACGAUCAGAUAAAUCUACAGAGUAUCAACGCUGGUACUCCGUCCACUCCGUAUAACCCGGGUCAAAUUACCAUGAGCAAGUCAAGAAGCCUACAAAAUACAGAUUCUUAUGUGUCUGGGAGACCAGAGGACAAUGGCAACAGUGGUAACUACAACAAUAACGACGAUCAACUGAAAUCCCAGGCCACCAAAAACAUGCCGGAAAAAGAUGAUUACAGUGAUAAUUCCGGCCAAAACACUAAUGGCGGUCAACUGGGAUCCACGACCACGCAGAACAUGCCGGGAAAUUAUGAUAGUCGCCGUAAUAACAAUAAUCCGGGUACAUCGAGAUCGAACUAUUCUAGCAGCAAAUCGUAUACCAUCAAGUCUACGGAAUCGAUUACACAGACGAUCGAGUCUUUUGCGACUUCGUUCUCCCACAAAUACUCGACGCUGUCGACCAAACUGUCAUCGGACACGGACCAGACGGGGUUCAAAACGGCCGUCGUGAAAUCGCUGGAUAUAAGCAAAGAUAUGUUCGAGUACAACACUAAGUAUCUGCAGAACACUUGUGGAAAAUGGACGAGUUACAUCGACCAGACCGUGUCGGCCAACUCGCCGGACUACUGGAGCGCCAUUAACAAUUUAUACGUUGACAUGGAGGAGAGAGAAGGCGUGUUGAUGUCUUUCAGCGAGAUCCCGUUGAAACGCGCCAUGGCCUACUCGACCGGAAUCAACGAGUACGUCCAAAUCGUACAGACGGUGACCUACGAGAGCUACGUGAAAGAAUUCUACGGGUUUUUCCAAUCAGAGAUCCCGAAUACCGAUGACGACGACGAUGACGACAGUGACGAUGCCGAUAACUACCUUGCGAACAGCGCGACGAAAUUCACUCAGAUCUUCACGGUGACCCGAGACUCCUUGUCUCAACUGCCUGCGGACGACGGUUCCAAGGAGCUGCUCUUGUGGCAGCUAGAACAAAUUUUCGCCAUGUUCAACGAAAACGUGACCAACUUGAAACGACAAGUGACCGAAUUGAAGGCCAUCCUUGGCGAUAGUCCGUCCAGCCUGAGGGCGCUGUACGUGGAAAUCAAACAGCGCACGGAAACGCUGAUCGCCGCCGUUUCCGGUUCGUUAAUCAAAUCGUACAGCUAUUGCAAGAGCACCACCGACUUUUCCGUUUUUGAAUCUGAGACCACGCUCAUCAUAAGCGAGUCGUCGUUUACCAGUAGCUACUCGUCGUCUACCAGCUACUCAUCAUCUACCAGCUACUCGUCGUCCACCAGUUACUCGUCGUCGACAGCGGUAUCCCAGGAAACCGAAGAAUCGGUCCAGGCCACAGGGCAAGUCCAGAUCACCGAGCAGAGUGUCACAGAAACGACGAUUUCAACUUGAGUCAUUACACUGUAUGUUGACGGACGAAUCACUAAAAAAAAAAAAUACAUUCGAUAAAAUACAAAUAAAAAAAACAAACCAGACUUCCAAUUAGGUCAUAAAAAUUAAACAAAUAACAUUAUAUUCGUUACGCCGUAGGUACACUUGAAUAAUAAUUGAAGAAAAAAAAACAUUCGAAAUCAAUUCGGCACAAACAAAUGGUUAUUGCAUAAUGAUAAUUAUUUUUAAUGUGUAAUUUUGUUAACAAAUGUUUUUAGACUUGAAGUUAAAUAAAAAUUCACCCGUUUCAAAAG